AUGUCUUCUUCCCCUAACACGGCCCCUUCAGGGGUCGAGCGACAAGACCCCCCCAGAGACCUCGAGAGCCAAAGCCCAGACAACGACAACCUCAAGAAAGAAAUCCUCGAGGAACAGCAGCACGGCGAUGAUACUUCGCCAACAACUGAACGCCGCUCAGCCGGCAGCCGCUUCCUGUCGCUGCUGACCGUCCGGCCGGGUGAGGUCUACAAGGCCGACGCCGACCAUAAUCCGAAAUGGUACCAGAAGCUGCUCGACGCGGGUAUCGAAGAGAACGGCAUCAAGCCGGUGCCGCUGGAGCAGCGGACCGUGACGCAGUAUAGCAACCUGUUUACGGUUUUCUUCACGGGGCUUUUGUGUCUGCUUCCCAUCCCAACCGGCAUGCUGGCUACGCUGGCUUUCGGUCUUAGUCUCCGAGACGCCUCACUCAUCAUCCUUUUUUUCGGUCUGCUCACAUCGCUCCCACCGGCCUUCAUGGGCAUCGGUGGCAUGGAGACGGGCCUGCGACAACAGGUCCAAGCUCGGUAUUCGUUUGGCCGCUACCUCUCCAUCAUCCCCCUCCUCCUAAACGCAGCCACAGUGACCGGCUUCUCCCUCCUCGCGGCCGUCGUCGGCGGCCAGACCCUCGCCUCAGUCAACCCAGGCCACGUCAAGGUCGACGUGGGCAUCGUCAUCGUGUGCCUGAUGUCCUUCGCCGUGUCGCUGAUGGGUUUCAAGGCGCUGCACUGGUGGGAGCGCUGGACGUGGAUCCCUAACUUGAUCGCGAUUCUGGUGGCUGUCGGGUGUGGUGGGAAAUAUAUUUACUUGCAGAGUGAGGCGGAGCCUGCAACGGCGCCGCAGGUGUUGGCGUUUGGGGGGUUGAUUGCGGGUUAUUUUAUUACGUUUGGUGGGACGGUGUCGGAUUACUCGACUUAUCAUGAUCCGCGUAAGGCAUCGAGAGUCAAAGUCUUCCUCUACGUCUACGGCGGCCUCCUAGUCCCCUCCGUCCCCCUCCUGGUCCUGGGCGCGGCCCUCGGCGGUGCAGUCCCCAACGUCCCCGAAUGGGCAGCAGGCUACGAAGCCACGGGCAUCGGCGGCGUGAUGCGCGAGAUGCUCCGCCCCGCGGGCGGGUUUGGCCUGUUCAUUCUCGUGCUCCUCUCCCUGAGCGUCAUCGGCAACAUUGCCAUCUCCAUGUACAGCAUCGCGCUCAACCUGCAGAUGGUGCUCCCGCCGUUUGCGAAGAUCCACCGGUUUUUUUUUAUUUUGGUCACCAUGGCCAUCAUGAUCCCCAUGGCGAUCCGCGCUGCGCAGGCGUGGGAGGAGAGUCUGACGAAUUUCUUGGCUGUGAUUGGGUACUGGGCUGGGUGUUUUGAUGCGGUUUUGAUCAUGGAGCUGGUCGUGUUUCGGCGCAUGGACUACUCGACGUAUGACCAUGCGAUCUGGAAUGUGGGUAGCAAGCUGCCGCUUGGUGUGGCGGCUAUUGGGGCUUCGCUGGUCAGCAUGGCGCUGGUGAUUCCGGGGAUGGAAGAGCCGUGGUAUACGGGGCCGAUCGCUGAGACCACGGGGGAUAUUGGGUUUGAGAUGGCUUUUGUGGUCACGGCGCUGGCGUAUCUGCCGUUCCGGUGGUUGGAGAUUCGGUUGACAGGGCGGUAA